UUGUUGAUGUCCGUUACUGAUACAACUCCCCCACUGUAUAUAAGAUGCUGACCGUGAGUCAUUUUUCUUCAAUACUUAAUCCUACAACAUCUGAGACAAAAUCUUAAAAAUCUGAAGACCAAGCAACACGUCCUGGUGGUGUUUUCAUCUGUAGGCCAAGGUACAUCAAAGACUAUCGCAAUGAACAAAUUUCUGUGGAGCGGGGUGACCUUGCUCGCCCUGUUUGUUACAGGCGAGUCUCUGACCUGUAACACCUGCAGAGUGGGAUUUGCAGGUAAAUGUCUCUUCAGCUCCACUGGGACCUGCAGCAGCCUGGAGCCCAACUGCUACUGGGGAAAACUAGCCUUCAACAUCAGCAGACUGAUGAACCUGGAGACUCAAGGCUGCCUGGCCUCUUCUCUCUGCAACCAAACCGAGUCAGGAUCCCUCCUGACUGCUGGAUACACCGUCACCAGGACCUGCUGCAGCACCGACCGCUGUAAUGGAGCCACAUCCAUCCAGCUCUCUCUCACUGCUGCUUUGGGCGUUGCUGUGGUGGCCACCUGGAAUAUCUGAGGCCUUUAACAUGAAAAAGAUCCUAUUCAUCCUGGGUGUUGUCUUUACUCGAUGAACCUUAAACACAAUUCUGUAUCAUGAUACUCUCAUUCUAUGCAUCUUAAUCUAGCACAAAGAAAACUUUUAACUGCAUAAAACCAUUUACUGCAUGUAGUACAUAGAUUAGAUGACGGAAUAAUAAACGUGUGACCUACUCAGACUUAAUGAUCAAGUUUCUCUCCAGGCUGUGGAUGUUUGUUGAGUGGAGUUUUCCAUUAAUGACUGGAGACUUCCUCUUCACACGAACACAAAACCUGAUGAACCUCAUUCUUGCACAUUGCUUCUCCAUUGAGUCCUGUGAUCUUGUUGAAGCUUUAACUAAAUCAUUUGCUCAUUUGACUCAAGACAGGUGCUUAGACCUUUAACUUCUUUAAAACAAGCAAACCUUGCAGGUCCAGGAAGGAUGAAUAACUUCUGUAAAGCAGUAGUUGUCCUGAGUGUCUUCAUCGCAGCAGCGCAAUGCCUGACCUGUCGUCAGUGCCCCAUUGGAAUAUUUGGGACGUGUCUUCUCGGAAGUGACGUCACAUGCAAUAAUGCGACUGAGAGCUGCUACCGUGGAGAAGCACAGUUUAACGCCACGGGGAGCUUCAGCCUGCACACUCGCGGCUGCCUGGACUCGGAUCUGUGUGGGAAGACGCUGACCGGUAACCUCCUGGGAGCCGGUUACACCAGCAGCUUCCAGUGCUGCACAACAAAUCUCUGCAACGGAGCCACUUCUGUCCAGCUCCCCCUGUCUGUGGCCCUCUGUGCUGCCAUCCUGUCCUCACUGUGGGCCAUGUGGGAGUUGUAGUUUUACAUGAUCUGCAAAACUACAAUUCUGCUCCAGUUCUGUUUCCACAAUACCCUAGAUUGGAUUUUAUUUAACCUGUUUUCAUUGCUUAUGUUGUGAACUAAACAGUAUAACUCAGAAUAGCCUGCUCUUUCUUCACUGUCACUCGCGUCGAACGCACUGAGGUCAUGUCUUCAUGUUGAUUAUUUUAUGUGAUUUUUAAGGGAUUUUACAUGCUGGACUUAGUUUGUUUAAAUUUAAAGAAUUCAAUAUUUCUACUUCAGAAAAGCCUUGUGCUGGGAGAUAAUACAGGGAGCAAUACUUUGUUUAUGGGUCCCUAAUUUCUUAAAUAUUUCCUGAGAAUAUUGUAACCUGGUACUAAUUUUAGGGAAAUGAAACAGUUAAAUCAAUUAUUUUGAGGUGUCUAUAAGCACUGUUGAUUUGCAGUGUAAACUUGCACCUAAUUUAACAUAACUGAGUAUGUAAAAUAUCAAUUCCAAAUAAUGUCAAUAUUUUAGAUAGCUUUUGUGAGGGGGGGGAUGCUGGACAGAUUUGACUGUUUGACCACAGCGUCCUGCUUUGUGCAUGGGGGUCGAGAUUCACGUUAACAAACAUCCGCCAUGAUGUUUCACUUCAGAACCAACUUAAUCUCAAAUGAUUGAAUUCAUGAAAUAUGGGUUUAUGGUUAAAUGGCAAAUGACUGUAUUUCUACUGCUGUGAAGAGGCACAGAUGAAACAGGAAAUGUCUGCCACGGCUGAUGUACAACAGAUAGAUGGGAAAUGUCUGCCAGUAUUUUGAAACAGGCACAUAUGGAAUAACCUGACUGACAGACGAAAGCUUACCUGUAAAGGUGAAAUAUUUCUUGUCAAUCACGACAGUCUGUUAUUUUUCACAAAGCCACACUUAAUAUACAGGGCUUGUUUUGUCAGAAAGCUCUGUGCUCUCACAUGCUGUCACUACUUGUCAGCUACAGUCUACAAUGCAUUUUUGUUUUCUCCACCGGCAACCUGACAAUUUAAUUAACCCUGUGCUACCACCCCACCUGCAUGUUAUCUCCAAACCAAGACUACCCUCUAGUGCCAGACUGAAUACAAUUACAACAAGACCUGGUUAUUCUAAGGCCUCUGAAAAGUACAGUAAAUGCAACAAGCAGCAAGUAUACUCUAUACUCCAUGUUAUAUAGUAAUAAAUAUGGAUGUUACCUUUACGACAAGAACCUUUCUUGAUAUUGGAGUGUCGAUCCCUUUCUGAAUAAAUUAUGUAUCAGUUUUCUUAAAGUUUUAAA